UAUGGUUUUUCUUUUUUUCAGGUCUGAUUGGACCAGUAUGGAUCAGGUGUCUGUCCCUAGCCUCAUAGAAGUUGCCUGGGAAUGCUGCUCUCUGGUUAGCUUAGGCUAAACAGGAUCACUGCUUCAACAUAGGGAAAAGGAAUAGUUUCAUGAACACAGUGGGGUUCUUUAGGAAGGAAGAAGUGUAAUAGAAACUGGAUCUGCAACCAACAAUGUCCGUGUCAGGUAAUUCAGAGAUCUGUGGGGCCAGCCAGCCUGAGCCUGCUCACCUUCAGAGUCUAUGCAGCACCCAAAAAGGACUCGCCUCACAAAAGUUACAUGAAGAUUGAUGAGCUUUCACUCUACUCAGUUCCUGAGGGUCAUUCUAAAUAUGUGGAGGAGCCAAGGACUCAACUUGAAGAAAACAUCUCACAACUCCGACAUCGUUGUGAGCCAUAUACAAGUCUGUGUCAGGAAGUAUACUCCCAUAAUAAACCCAAGGUGGAACACUUUGUCCAGUGGGGAGUAGACAACUAUAACUAUCUUCAAAAUGCACCUCCUGGAUUUUUCCCAAGACUUGGUGUUAUUGGCUUUGCUGGUUUUGUUGGACUCCUUCUUGCUAGAGGCUCAAAAAUAAAGAAGCUGGUGUAUCCUCCUUUUUUCAUGGGAUUAGGUGCCUCUGUCUAUUACCCACAACAAGCCAUCGCUAUUGCCCAGAUUACUGGGGAGAAGUUAUAUGACUGGGGAUUACAAGGAUACAUAAUCAUAGAAGACUUGUGGAAGCAAAAUUUUCAGAAGCCAGGAAAUGUGAAGAAUUCACCUGGAAAUAAAUAGAAAACUCCGUACUCUGCCCAUUUUAAUCAGUUAUAGAUAAACAUUGGAAACUCCAGACGGUAAAUCAGUAUUUCUACAGACAAAUGGCAGAAUCAGUAUUGGAUAUAGUAAACUGGCUUUCUUCAGGAAAAACAACACUAAGCCUUUUUGCUGUUUUGGGUGAUGCCAUAUUACAGGCCAACUAAUCUACAAUCUUUCACAUGGAAAUAAUGUACAAGCCUUAGAACUCCUCAUUCUUAUAUCACUAUUUAUGUACAUAAUUAAAGCCCAGAUUCCAACAAA